AUGUGUGCCGCCGAGAGAGGAGACGAAGCACCGACGAAACCCCCUGAGGUCUCGACGCGUCUAGACCGCUUGACGAAGACCGAGACAAACUCUCUUCCUGUUCUUACCGUUUCUCCUCAAUCUUCGAAUCAACUCGAUUCAUCUCCAAUUGGGAAGCUGCCUGACUCCCCUUCAUCCUCUUGUCCUUCUUCUUCCUCUCCUCCUUCUUCUUCCUCUUCUUCCUCCUCUUCUCCUUCUUCUUCCUCUUCUUCUUCCUCCUCUCCUUCUUCCUCUUCUUCUUCCUACUCUUCUUCUUCUUCCUCUUCUUCUUCCUCCUCUCCUUCUUCCUCCUCUCCUUCUUCCUCUUCUUCUUCCUCCUCUCCUUCUUCCUCUUCUUCUUCCUCCUCUCCUUCUUCCUCUUCUUCUUCCUCUUCUUCUUCUUCCUCUUCUUCUUCUUCCUUUUCUCCUUCUUCCUCUUCUUCAUCGCCAGUCUCUCUGCCUUCUUCUCUGUCAGACAGGCGCACAGGAUCUUUUCUCUCCGCGUCUGUUCUCUACGUCGCAACCUCGCUCAUUCCAGGCGCCGGCCAGGGUCUAUUCACCUCGCAACGCCUUCCGAGAGACUCCUGGAUUUGCGAGUAUCUGGGAACGCGUCUUAGCCUCCGAGACGUGCUCCAGGAGCGAGACCGGACGUACGUGAUUUGCGCAGGGACUCUAAACGCCCAUCUCGACGCGAAAACGCAUCCGGAGGUGCUUGCGCGUUACAUCAACGACAUUCGCGAGACAGAUAAACUGAACGCUCGAUUCGUUAAAGACAGGCAGCGCAGGCGCGUGUUCGUUCAAGCGGUGCGAGACAUCGACGCCGGAGAGGAAAUCUACGCGUUCUACGGCGAGGGCUACUGGAGAAAUCGGCCUUUCUUUGCUCCUGGCGACGAGAGCAUGGUGCCUGUUGCGAUGAAAGAGGACAAGCAGGGAGAAAGGAGAUAG